GCCAGAGACCUCCAGAGUUGGGUGACCCCUAUUUUGGCUGUGGUGAACAGGAUCUGAUCCCAAGGACUGUUACCUCUGUACUUGUCUGGUGUGCAGUGUUAGAAAGCAAUCAUGCCUUUCGGAAACACCCACAACAACUUCAAGCUCAACUACAAAGUUGAGGAGGAGUUCCCAGAUCUGUCCAAGCACAACAACCAUAUGGCCAAGGUUCUGACCAAGGAGAUAUAUGGCAAGCUGAGGGACAAACAGACACCCAGUGGCUACACUCUGGAUGAUGUCAUCCAGACUGGUGUAGACAACCCUGGUCACCCCUUCAUCAUGACUGUUGGCUGUGUUGCUGGUGAUGAGGAGUCCUAUGAGGUCUUCAAGGAUCUGCUUGACCCUGUCAUCUCCGACCGUCAUGGUGGAUACAAGCCCACUGACAAGCACAAGACUGACCUCAACCAUGAGAACCUGAAGGGUGGUGACGACUUGGACCCCAACUACGUUCUGUCUAGCCGUGUUCGUACUGGUCGCAGCAUCAAGGGAUUCACCCUGCCCCCCCACAACAGCCGUGGAGAGCGCAGAAUUAUUGAGAGGCUGUCCAUUGAGGCUCUGAACAGCCUGGAUGGUGAGUUCAAGGGAAAGUACUACCCCCUGAAGACCAUGACUGAUGCUGAGCAGGAGCAGCUGAUCGCUGAUCACUUCCUGUUUGACAAGCCCGUGUCUCCCCUGCUGACCUGCGCUGGUAUGGCCCGUGACUGGCCUGAUGGCAGAGGCAUCUGGCACAACGAAAACAAGACCUUCUUGGUCUGGGUGAAUGAGGAGGAUCACCUUCGUGUCAUCUCCAUGCAGAAGGGUGGCAACAUGAGGGAGGUGUUCAGGCGUUUCUGCGUUGGCCUGCAGAAGAUUGAGGAGAUCUUCAAGAAGCACGACCGUGGCUUCAUGUGGAAUGAGCAUCUCGGGUACAUCCUGACCUGCCCCUCCAACCUGGGCACUGGCCUGCGUGGUGGCGUCCAUGUCAAACUGUCCAAGCUGAGCACACAUCCCAAGUUUGAGGAGAUCCUCACCAGGCUGCGUCUGCAGAAGCGUGGCACAGGUGGUGUGGACACUGCCUCUGUGGGUGGUGUGUUUGACAUCUCCAACGCCGACCGUCUGGGCUCCUCUGAAGUGGAGCAGGUCCAACUGGUGGUUGACGGUGUCAAGCUGAUGGUUGAGAUGGAGAAGAAGCUGGAGAAGGGAGAGAGCAUUGACAGCAUGAUCCCAGCCCAGAAGUAGAGAGGGACAAUCUUCCGUUUUUCUCGUGACCGUUCAUGUGUAAUCGAGCCAACUGAUGGACACGCAGAGGAAACAGCCGCUCAACUAGAGACUCUUGACUCUGAAAACUUCUUUCUCUUCUUUCCUGCUUUUUCUUUUCUCUGUCCUCUUUUUUUUUUUUUUAAGUUCUCCCGUGUUGGUUGGUAACAUCCUGGGAUCAGCCUCCACUGAGCUGGGCUUGCCUGGCGAAUGUGGCAUCACCUACUUUUUGUUAUAAAAAGUAAAGAUUAUUGAAGCUGCUCAUACUGCUCAAUAAUAAAGUGCCCUGUAAAACAA